AACAGCACCAGCACCAACCAUGACUCCGUCCAGUGUUGCAGUCACAGUGGUGAUGCUCGUGACUGUCGGGGUCGCCGUGACGGACGGCUACCGGGCCCCUGAUUAUCGCCGAGUGUGUCCCGUCAACGACAUCGAGGGCAGGACCUCCUGCGUCGCCGUCCAGCCUGGUGCCGUCGUCCCGGAAGUGUGCUCCAGCGACGCGCAGUGCGGUGGCACGCAGCGCUGCUGCAGCUACGGCUGCAGCAGGGAGUGCCUGACCACGUGUCCCCCGUGUGGCCCCGGCCAGCAGUGUCGCAUCUUGGAGCUCUGCACCGCCCUGGGCUGCGAGCGGCAGCCGGCCGCCUGCCUGCCGGCCGAUGGCCAGUACUGAUCAAGUCUCGAUGACGUCACGGCUCCGGGUAGCAGAGGGACUGGUGCCCUAGUGGGGCCGACGUCCGAGCUGACAGCCAAAACGCAGGCAGUCACAGAUCCGCAUCCGUCUUUUUAAAAAAACAACAUGGUCCUGACGAUUCAGCGGAAAAUGGAAAUGAGAGUAGCGGCAUUUCUUUACUAGCGAUAGUGGAAUGCUGAUAUGUGAUGACGAUGUCAAAAAAAUGGUUAUCGGCGCACUUUGGGUAAUAAAUGAUGAAUGCUCACA